ACUUCUGUAUGAUAUCAGUGAAAAUACACACUAAAAUAAAACACAUCAAAUAAGAACAUACUAGAAAUGCGGUACUGUUCCACUGGAGAAACGAUUUAAAUAGUAGAGAUCCAGAAAGGGAAAUGGGGAUGGACUACUGAAGCUAUGUUUAGUACCGUCUCAGUCGCCGGUGCCUUUAAGAGCGGCGUAAGCGCAGAUCAGCACCAUGAGGCGGGCACCAGAAAGUGUAAUGUGACUUUCUAAACAGAAACUAGACACUGUUUCAAGGAACACAAACAGGCCUUUCUCUCCCCGCUACACCGCACUGAAAACAAGAUAUGGCUACUGCUGGCAGUGUGCUGUCUAAGGAGCAGCUUCUUUGCCCCAUCUGUCUGGAUUUGUUCAACCAGCCAGUCACUACUCCUUGCGGGCACAACUUCUGCAGGGACUGCAUACAAAGAUGCUGGCAGAACGUUAAUCUGCCCCAGUGCCCCAUGUGUAAGCACAAGCUUUACAUGAAGCCUGACCUCAAAGUUAACAUCUUCAUAUCGGAGGUGGCAUCUCAGUUCAAGGAGUUGGCAGAAAGGAGGUAUGAAAAUGAAACCAACGCUGCGGACCGAUCAACAGGCCAUAAAGGGGAGGUCUCAUGUGAUGUGUGUGUUGGAAAAAGAGUCAAGGCUCUUAAAUCCUGUCUGGACUGUUUGGCAUCAUUCUGCGAGACCCAUCUGGAGCCCCAUCUUGUCCUUGGCACCUUCAAGAAACACCGCUUGAUUAGCCCCAUGAUGAACAUGCAAGAUAGAGUGUGUAGGAAGCACGAGAAACUGCUGGACCUGUUCUGUAAGACGGAUGAGACGUAUGUGUGCCAGUUUUGCAUUAAGAAAGACCACAAGGCUCAUCACACUGUUCGUAUAGAGGAUGAGAGCAGAGACAGGAGAGCUCAGAUUAGAAGCGUGAACGAAGAAGUGGAAAAAAUGAUCCAUUGCCGACAGAAGAAAAUCGGCGAGAUCAAAGAAACCGUUCAGCUCAGCAGAAGGAAUGCGGAAAGAGAGAUCGAAGAGAGUCGGCAAGUGUUCGACAAACUGCUCCAGUUUGUCCAGAGAGGUCAAGCUGAGGUGGUCGAGGUGAUCGGCGCAAAGCAGAGGCAAGUGGAAAGCAGGGCCAACGGGCUUAUCGUGGAGCUGGAGCAGGAGAUUAAUCAGCUGAGGCACAGCACUACCGAACUGGACCAGCUCUCACACACCGAAGACGACCUUUACCUUCUCCAGCACUCUCCAGUUUUCUCCACAAUGCCAGCCGCCAAAGACUGGGCUGACACCGGCGUGGAAAGCGCUGAAUACGUGGGCACGCUAAGGAGAGCGGUCAGGAGAGUCGCCUGCCAGCUGGAGGAGACGGUAAAGGCUGAGGUGAAGAGGCUUUGCGAGGCUGAAUUUCAGCGGGCUCAGCAGUGUGCCGUGGACGUGACCUUGGAUCCCGACACAGCUCAUCCCAAACUGGUGCUGUCUGAGAACAAGAAACAGGCCCAUCACAGUGAUGUAGCCCUGAACCUCCCUGACAACCCAGAGAGGUUUUACCCCGGUGUUAGCGUUUUGGGAAAGGAGGGUUUCUCGUCUGGCAGGUUCUACUAUGAGGUCCAGGUGAGAGGGAAGACGGAGUGGGAUAUUGGAGUUGGACUGGAAUCGGUCAACAGAAAAGGAGGGAGCAUACUAAACCCUGAAAACGGCUACUGGGCUCUGGGGAUGAGGAAGGACGAGAGCUACUGGGCGCUCAGCAGCCCUCCCGUUUGCGUCCCGCUGGUCGAGAAACCCGAGAGAGUCGGGGUGUAUGUGGAUGUGGGGUGGGGGCAGGUUUCUUUUUACAACGUGGACUCUCGUUCCCAUAUCUACACGUUCACCGGAUACUCUUUCAGAGAAAGACUUUUCCCCUACUUUAACCCCCGACGCAAUCACGACGGGGUCAACUCAGUUCCUCUUAUCAUCUCGCCUGUCAAUAUCUGAAACUUCUGAACAUUUGAUCUCUUUUUGCUGUUGAGUCCUUGCAGCCAUCUAUUUAUCUUUUUUUAGCAUUUAAACAUUCAGAUAUAAAGUUGUUGUGUGAUGCUUGUUGCUCUGUUUGCCUGAAUAAAAUCUUGCUCAUCGAGAUGAA